UCGGAGAGUGGGACUUUGGAAGGGGCCGCUCUCCGCCCCCCGCUCCCGCUUCGCCCCAAAGAAAGAGUGUAACCCGCUCCACACCCCAGUACCACUCUCUUCGACAGUCACUGUCCCGUUUUGACAGACAGGGCGGCCACCGCGGGUGAUUUCAGCAAUGGCCCCCCAUUCUCCCUGAUUCCUGGCACCGGUCGGUCGUCAUGGUAACCCCCAACCUGAAACCCCCCCCUAAAUUCCUCUUCCACUCCACCUUGGUGGUUAUGAGGCCCCAAAACUCUCCUGUCCCUGCGCCUGGAGGAGGUUGCCAAGGUAACCUAGAUCCCUGGUGGUCCUUCUGCCCCUACCCUCGUUGUUACUAUGGCAAUCUCACCUAGGGCUCAGGUAGAAAGGGGCCAGCCCCAAGGACACGGACACGGAUGGCUAAGGGAAACCCCUCCCCCGUAGCCACCCAGUUGGCAUUACCAUGGUAACCAUCUCCCCCUUUUCCAUCGUGGGAGGGCCAUGGACCAAACCAACCAGGUGUUUUUAUUUAGAGGAGAUGCGCUAUUGAGUAGUUGCUAUGGUUACAGGGCCUAGACCCUCCCCAGGGAGGUGAAAAAUAGGCAAGGCUAAAGUCCUGGUUACUAUGGUGAUGUGCGGGUUCCCCCUUCCAGUGACCAAGGAACCAGGCCCACUAAGAAGUGGACGUUUUAGUAUUGUCUCAGGAUGGAAUGUGUCUAGGGAAGGGGUUGUCAUGGUAACAGCUUCUGUCACUUCUCGACCUACCUUUCUGGACACAUUGAUACAGAGAGAGGGUUGGGUGGGUAUAACUGACAUCCUUCCCACCCUCUCCAGGUGGUGCCUGAGCUUCUGGGACAGCGAGAGAAUGAUUCUCUGACUUCAUUGCCACUUUUGUUGAUAAGAUGACAUUGUGCUCUAUUGUGCAAAAUUGGCUGAUUUGGGAUUUUCUGGUUUUCCUUCCCUCAGCAGUGCAGCUGGGCUGUGCUGGAACCGCCCCUACAGAGCUCCCCCAGCCGGCUACCUAGGAGGAUGCCCUGGAGGCCCUACCAGGGUCUGACUUCGACUCCAUGCGGCUCACUCGCUGCCAGGCUGUCCUGGUAGCCGCCAUCACCCUCAACCUCCUGGUUUUCUUCUAUGUCUCGUGGCUGCAGCACCAGCCCAAGAACUCCCGGGCGCGGGGCCUGCGCCGCGGAUCUGCCACCGGCCCCCGUGUCACCGUCCUGGUGCGAGAGUUUGAGGCCUUUGAUAACGCAGUGCCGGAGCUGGUGGACUCCUUCCUGCAGCAGGACCCGGCCCAGCCGGUGGUGGUGGCAGCCGAUGCGCUCCCCUACCCACCCCUGGCCCUGCCCCGCCUCCCCAACGUUCGUCUGGCGCUGCUCCAGCCCUCCCUAGACCGGCCCGCCGCCGCCUCGCGCCCGGAGACCUAUGUGACCACCGAGUUCGUGGCCCUAGUGCCCGACGGGGCGAGAGUGGAUGCCCCGGGCCAACUGGAGCGCAUGGUGGAGGUGCUCCGGGCGGGAGGCCCACGCCUGGUGGCAGCCCCGGUGGCCUCGGCCAACCCUGCGCGGUGUCUGGCCCUAAACGUCAGCCUCCGCGAGUGGACGGCCCGGUACGGCGCGGCACCCUCCGCGCCCCGCUGCGACGCUCUGGAAGGAGACGCCGUGGUGCUCCUGCGCGCCCGGGACCUCUUCAACCUCUCGGCGCCCCUGGCCCGGCCGGUGGGCACCAGCCUCUUCCUGCAGACCGCCCUUCGCGGCUGGGCGGUGCAGCUGCUGGACCUGCCCUUCGCCGCGGCCCACCAGCCCCCGCUGACCACGGCCCAUGCACGCUGGAAGGCGGAGCGCGAGGGGCGCGCACGGCGGGCGGCGAUGCUCCGGGCGCUGGGCAUCCGCCUGGUGAGCUGGGAGGGCGGGCGGCUGGAGUGGUUCGGCUGCAGCAAGGAGACCGCGCGCUGCUUCGGGACGGUGGUGGGUGACACCCCGGCCUACCUGUACGAGCAGCGCUGGACGCCCCCGUGCUGCCUGCGCGCGCUGCGGGAGACCGCGCGCUACGUGGUGGGCGUGCUGGAGGCGGCGGGGGUGCGCUACUGGCUGGAGGGUGGCUCCCUGCUGGGGGCGGCCCGCCACGGGGACAUCAUCCCGUGGGACUACGACGUGGACCUGGGCAUCUACCUGGAGGACGUGGGCAACUGCGAGCAGCUGCGGGGAGCCGAGGCCGGCUCCGUGGUGGACGAGCGCGGCUUCGUGUGGGAGAAGGCCGUGGAGGGCGAUUUCUUCCGCGUGCAGUACAGCGAGAGCAACCACCUGCACGUGGACCUGUGGCCCUUCUACCCGCGCAACGGGGUCAUGACCAAGGACACGUGGCUGGACCACCGGCAGGAUGUCGAGUUCCCCGAACACUUCCUGCAGCCUCUCGUGCCUCUGCCCUUCGCUGGUUUCGUGGCGCAGGCGCCUAACAACUACCGCCGCUUCCUCGAGCUCAAAUUCGGCCCCGGGGUCAUCGAGAAUCCCGAGUACCCCAACCCCGCUCUCCUGAGUUUGGCAGGAAGCGGUUGAAGCCGGGACGCCCAUAUCUGGGGCCAGGGAACAGUGGUCAAGGGGAGCUAACCGUUGUCUUUUGGGGUCUGUGUGUUGGCGGGGGGGUUGUGUGGUGGAGACAGAGAGGAACUGACCAAAGAGACAUUUUAGAGAAGUGUGCUUCUGGCGGGAGGAGAGAACCAAGGCUCUGAAGCGACCUCCAGCUUCUCCUGGUCCUGCCCACCGGGUGCGAUGGAUGCUUGGAGCAUAUCCUGGGGCCUCCCAGUAAUUGAGGGUGCCGCUGGCCAUUAGUGGAUGGACCAGGAAUGCCAAGCCGCCCUACAGUACCCAACGCCAUCAAGACUUGUGGUUCCCCAAGUUUUCCAAGAACCCUGGGCUCCAGAUGGGGGCAGAGUUUUGGAAGAGAGAUACUGGGUUUGUUAGGGGGAAGGGAUGUCCUGAGCAACCCCAUUUUAUAUACGGGUUUGUCCUGUAACAGUUUCAGGGGCCAGACUGCCGCGAUGCAAAUCCUGGCCCCACCACUUGCUAGUGGUCUGAGGCUGUGUGCAGGCUUCCUUGCCUCGGUGUCUUCCAGGAUUCAGGAGCGCCCCCCUCCGGGCCUAGCACCUCAAGAGCCCGGUCUUGGCUCACUUGGCUGCUGGGGUUGCUUCUGCCACUAGAGGGCGCCCUUGUCCCGCUGUGCGGGUCCAGGCAACAAUAAGGCCAGGACCUGUUCUAGGGCUUUUGGGUCUCCUCUCUGAGCCCCUGUUCCUGUCAGGACAAGAUAACCAUCUCCUCUACUUCUACAAAGCUACUCCCCUCCUGGGGAGCCCCCUGUGAGGAGCAUGCUGUGGUUAAUAACUAGGUCUGCACCUGGCACCUCUCCUUUUGAACUGUUACCUCAUUUUAGUUCUCUGCCUUGCAGGGCGGG